CCGCGGCGGAGAGGCCUGGGGAACCGCGGGCAGACGGCUCCCCUCGCUGGCUUCGCCAGCCCAUGCAGAAGCGGCCCGGAGCCGAGCUGAGCCCUGCAGAGCCCAGCCCUAUCGCGGCCCGCCCCACCACCGCGGGGCGCCUUCGUCCUCCUCCUCCGCCGCCGCCGCCGCGGUGGGGAGGGGCUCGGGCAGGCCGGUCCGCCGCGCAGCUCCCGCGGCCGGGCGGCGAUCCGCAGCCGCGCCCGGCCGCGCCGCUCGGCUGGGCUCGGCUCGGCUGGGCUCGGCUCAGCGCAGGCCAGGCAGGAAGCAGGAAGCUACCGGCGGCGGGAGGAGGAGAGGAGCGGCGGCGGGGAGGGAGCUAUGUUUCAGCCAGUGCAGCAGGAAGCCUGAAGAAGUAAUACAAAGUUUGGAAGGUAAAUGUGGAUUCCAAAUCAGCAAUUAACAAAGGCAGAGUGAAGAAUUUGCUACAUCGUGACUGACGGUAUAAGAAAAAUACCUACAGGGAAAUCAGCUCUGCAGCGUCUCUUCCAAGUUUCCUAACAGCCUACCAUCCCACAGGUUUGGGACGAUCUUUGGUAGGCAUUCUGAAGAACAGAUAACGUUGUCGCAAGUUUACAACUGUGUCACCUAAAAUUUGAUACCAGCUGUAGAGUAGAUGGCUCAGCUUCCUCCUGGGAUUCGCUUCAUCACUUCGUUUUCAAGAGAUCAGUGGUAUAGAGCCUUCAUUUUCUCUCUCACUUUCUUGUUGUAUGCCAGCUUCCAUUUAUCAAGGAAACCUAUUAGUAUAGUUAAGGGAGAGCUGCAUAAGCAUUGUGCUGCUUCACAUGAAGUUGAAGUCAACUCCUACAAAGAAAAUGCUGUCCAGAUUCAGCCUGUCAAAAAGCCAUCUAAUAUUUCUCAGUGCGGUUGGGAGCCAUUUGAUAAGAACAACUACAAACAGUUACUGGGAGCACUGGAUUACUCGUUUCUGUGUGCAUAUGCAAUUGGAAUGUAUUUAAGUGGAAUAAUAGGAGAACGGCUACCUAUCCGGUACUAUCUGACAGUUGGGAUGCUUGCUAGCGGACUCUUCACUGCUAUGUUUGGAUUGGGUUAUUUCUAUAAUAUACAUAAUCUGUGGUUUUACAUAAUGGCCCAGAUAGCUAAUGGGUUGGUGCAAACUACUGGCUGGCCGAGUGUCGUUACAUGUAUUGGCAACUGGUUUGGAAAAGGAAGGAGAGGUUUGAUCAUGGGAAUCUGGAAUUCACACACUUCAGUGGGAAAUAUCUUGGGAUCCUUAAUUGCUGCUUAUUGGGUGUCUACAUGCUGGGGUCUCUCUUUCGUGAUGCCUGGUGUUAUCAUUGCUGUGAUGGGGAUUGUUUGUUUCCUGUUUCUUAUUGAACAUCCUAAAGAUAUAAGUUGCUCCAGCACACCAUCCAGUAGUUCUAAAACCUUUCUGAAUGGUACAUCUCGAUUCAGAAUCCAGAUGCCAACCUUAAAUGCUAAGGAAACAAGCAAACCUCAGGAUCCAGAGAUGCAGCAUUUACUUCUUGACUGUGAAAAUUGCAGUGUGUCACUGAACUCCAGCACUGUGGUCACUGGGGAAAGCAGACAUGGGACAUCAGCUAUCAGCUUCCUUGGGGCCCUGCAAAUACCUGGAGUCAUAGAGUUCUCCCUUUGUCUUCUGUUUGCAAAGCUGGUGAGCUACACUUUCCUCUUCUGGCUUCCCCUCUAUAUCACGAAUGUCGAACAUCUUGAUGCCAAAAGAGCUGGGGACCUUUCUACACUGUUUGAUGUGGGUGGAAUCUUUGGUGGAAUUUUGGCAGGCCUUGUUUCAGACAGGCUGGAGAAGAGGGCAUCAACCUGUGGAAUGAUGUUAUUGCUUGCAGCACCCACAUUGUACAUGUUCUCUGCAGUCAGUAAAAUGGGCCUUGAGGCUACUGUAGUGAUGCUGCUUAUCAGUGGUGCCCUGGUGAAUGGCCCUUAUGCGCUGAUCACCACUGCUGUCUCUGCCGACUUGGGUACCCAUAAAAGCCUGAAAGGGAAUGCAAGAGCCUUGUCCACAGUGACAGCGAUCAUCGAUGGAACAGGAUCUGUAGGUGCGGCUUUGGGGCCUCUCUUAGCUGGUCUUAUUUCCCCAUCUGGUUGGAACAACGUGUUUUACAUGCUCAUGGUGGCAGAUGCAUGUGCCUUGCUAUUCUUACUCCGUCUUAUUCAGAAGGAACUUUGGUGUAAUGCAGAUCAUACGCUGUUUAAAGAACACUGAGCUGCGCGACCACAUUUGAAAUAAGGACUGCAUCAGUGAUCAGAGCUCUUCCCUGAAAAAAAACCUUUGUGGAAUGCAUCAUUCUAUAUUAUAAGAGAUUCUGUUUGGUGAAGAACUUUGCACGUUUACUGGAAGCAACGUGAGAAAUGCAACUGGUAAAUCCCUGAAGCUCUUAUUUUUGCACAUGAAUAAGUACCUCAAGAUGGCAACUAUUCAUCAGAUGAAGAGACAGGAACUUUGGGAAGGUUUUAGCAGCGCGCCUCAACUGAGCCAAAGAGAAAUACCAAGUGCCUUUUUAUUUCUUUUGAUAGGAUGUUUUUUAUUAAAAUGCCAAACUGUGUAUUUUCCAAAAACAAGUGAAAGCUAGAGCAGAAGGAAGUUGAAAUCAUAACAGUCUAGCAGUGAAAAGUCCCAGUGUCAGUGGGCAAAGUACAUAUCCCUUUCGUCAUCUUGCGCACAUCGAGGGCAUCACUUCGUUGAGGACAAUACUAGCUGAUUAUUAAGCUGCACUGCUAUUAGUGUUUUGAAGCUGCUCAGACAAUAACCACCUCACCAUAUUAUUAGUUUUUAACUACAGUACUACUUCUAAUCCCAGGGACAACAUCAUCCAGCCUUUUGGUAGGUAAUGAAAUGGAAUUUACUGUUGGAGCGUACCACAGUUAGCAGUCUUCACAGACUCUCCGGAUGGAUGUUAGUCCUCAGUUAGGGUUGUGCAAAAAGGAGUCCUAAGCAACAGAAAGUAGAUUAUGAGUCAGAAUUUUCAGUGGGGGAGCUCUAAUCAUUUUCAGGGCAUUGUAAACUGGUGGUGCAAGCAUCACAUAAUUGCUGUGCUGCUCCUCUAGGCUGGGUUGAAAUGAGAGGUUGUUCCUUUGGGGUAGCAGAGAACUGAGAGCUGUCAUACUUUAGCACUACUGGAUUCAACAGAUGAGCUGCUUUAGUGCCCAGUGCCAGAGUGCUCUUUGUUGGGUACUCCCUGAUUUCGGUGCUGGUGUGUACACGUGGAAGUUAUUGUCAGAUCAGGGCCUUAAUAAUCCAAAAUCUCUUCCAAGUGGCUAAUUUCAAGUGGCUCUGUAUUUCAGAUUUGGAGUCAAAAUAUCAGAAAAGAAAAAUUACCUUGGUGGUAGGUUGUAAGAGAACAUUUCAGUAACUAGUGUAACCCAGCAAAUAGAUGGUUUAAUGUCUUCAAAACAUAUCAUUUCUUUGUACAGCUCUCCUUUGUGAAAUAGAUGUUUCUGUGAUUUUUUUUUAAGAUGUACAUACUAAAAAGGAAUUUUUUUUGUAUGAGGUGUUUAUACUUAGAUCAUGAAGGCUAGUUAAUUUAAACUGUGUAUUAUUCUUAACUGUAUGUAUUAAAGCUCUAGGCAUAUGUCUUGUUCUGAA